ACAGGGACAGCAUUAUUAUCGUCGACUGUAGAUUUUAUUGGGGGUUAUCACAAAGUUGCAGUCACGUAGAUUUGGCUUCAUGUCUCACAUCUCGUGCAAAGGACUUUCGCAGAGGGGCUAGUAGAAGACUGUCGCCUUUUCAUUUUAGACCCCAUCCACAAGAGGAAGACACAACGAAGGCAUGAAUCAUCGACAUAUUCGCCUUGACCCUCUUCCCGAGUUCAUCCCCCAGAUGCCGAUCUAUGAUCCUGUCCCACCACCCCAGCACAAGGCCGACGCAUCUUCCGCGAACCCCCCCCGUCCAGUGUCCAGUCCGGCACCCAGCAACGGAGCAUGCUCGUCCUCCACAGCCUCUUGUACCCUGCGAAGUCCAUCGAAAGCCGGGCCUCACUCGCCAUCGCUCCCACUGUUCGGUGGAUUUCCCUCCAGCCCCGCCCCGUUUCUCACCCGUCAACAUUCUCUGCCCCUUGGCUUCGAGCGACGCAAUGCCAGCGCGUCCACGAGCGCGCCACAUCCGGGCCUGCCCGCGUCUGCUUCCGCCCGGGCUCUCUCCAACGAGCAGCAGACUCUCCAGCCUUGCCCGCACCAGCCACCAUCGUCGGCCGCAUACCAGCCCUACCAGGCCCACCUGACCCCUGCGCAACGUAUCGCUGAGUUGUCUCUGGGCGCGGACGAUUCCUCCACCGACAAAGCUGGCGGGAGCGGCACGUCGUCCCCGCCUUUCCUAAAAACGAAGACUGGUGGGGGCGGGGCCAACGUGGCUGCUGCCAACAAGACGCGGCUGAGGUUGCUCUCGACGUCCCAGGCUGGGGGCCAGGAGAAGCCGGGGGCUUCGGUAGGAAGGGGGGAAGGAGAGGACGGAGAGCGGUCUGGGACGGGCCUGAGCAAUGCGCUGCCUCCCAGUGGACUGGGUCGCGCUGGCGGAUUCGCCGCCUCCUCCUCCAUUUCCUCCGCGGCCACCACUGCGGCCGCUUUCUCCCCCUCCUCCUUCCUGUCACAGCCCGCCCCGCCGCAACACUUGCCGCACACAGGCACGCGUCUGCAUGCCUCUUCUCCUCCCUCCGCCUUGCAGUUUCGCAGCCCUUCGUCCACAGGAGUGAACACCUCGUUCUGGCUGCGGACCCCCCCCCCUCUCUACCGGUCCCUGAGCUACGGGGGAGAGUCGCGGAGUGAACAGAUCGCACGGGUGAGAGUGCUUGGCGCGGGGAACAACAGCACUGGCAACAUGCUUGGAACCAAUACCGUGAACCAAGACCAUCACAUGGGGCCUGCUAGAUUCGCCUCGGUUUCAGGAGGCGGGGCGGGAGGGACUAGCCCGACGAAGCGCGGGGCCCAGUUUACCCCUAAGCCAUUCUCUUCAUCUCCCUCGGGCCCGGCAGGUUGUGGCGGCGGGGAUUGGUUGGAAAAGGGGGCAACCAAAGCAGGGCGGGGGGAGGUAGGGAGCGAGUCGGCCUCGAUCGCCCCCGGUGCCUUGGGCAGCAGAGCUUUUUUCCCCGAGGGAGAAGAGUCUACCUCUAGGCUUGCUACCGCCCUUCGGCACUCGUUCUACCUCCCGCAAUGCGGUCCCAGCAACCUCAGUCCCUCGCAUUCUGACCAGGAAGGGAGCGUGAACAGCACCAGCAGCAGUGCCAGCAGUUGUGUCAGCAGCAUCAACGGCAGUGUUGUGGGUGGCGUGGGGAAGGAAGGAGGAUUCCCGUCCCCUGGAGCAGUCUUGAACGUUACGAAUCCCUCCCCACGGACAAAUUUUCUGUCGCCGUCGUCGCAGCUUCCGUCCGCCGGGGAAGCAACCUCGUGCACCAAAAAUCCUUACGGAUACCCGGAGACAGGCCCAGGGACGGGCAUGACCACCCAUCCCUCUCCCUCCAGGCCUGCCCCGCCCCCCAUUCCCUCGUCCCUCCCUGCGUCCUCGACGUCUCAACACGCCAUGGGAAUUCGUUCCCCGAUGGUUCAGGCCCGAGAAAAGGCAGUGGCGCAGCUUCACCACCCAUUUCAGCUCGCGCAACAGCAACAACAGCAUCUUGUGCAGGCCGGUCUCCUACCCUUGUCGUACAUGUCUCAUCAGCACAGUAGCGGGAGCUUGCACAGUCAAGGGCCCACUGCGAGUGGAGACGAAGGCAGCGAACCACUUAUGGGGGCAAAGAUUGCCAACGGCGAGGUGGACGACAGUGGAUGGAUGGGCGCAGGCUCUGCCAACAGCAGCGGCAGCGGCGGCAUGUCAGCGUUGUACGCCCGGCGUCGGUCGAACUCAAUGCACUCCUCCAUGUCGUCCUUUUCCUCGCCGUCUCUGCUAUCCAUGAAACCGCUCAAGACCGGGCAGGGGGCGAACAUGCCCGGAAGUCACGGCGGCUUUCGCGGUCGCAGCCGGGGUUCAUUGAAUGAAAUUGGAAAAGAAGAUGUUGUCCCUCUUGCCGCCGCACACUCCCCAGGCCUGAGAGGGGUCAAUUUUGGCGGUAAUGUAAGCGGAUGGGUCGAUUCGACGGAUGUGUCGUCAAGCAAUACGAGUAUCAAUGGCCCAGAGCAUACGGGCGGGGCAUACCACUAUUCGAAGGCGGGAGGCAGCUCUAAAGGCCAUGCCGUCACGUGGAAAGCCUGGAAAGAAUUAAAAAGCCACGGCGCGGUAGAGCAGCGAGAGGAGACAGAGAUAGAAAAAGAGGAAGACGACGGAACGAAAGAUGCCGCCAGGCGGCACAAUGAUCGAGUCUUAACGCAGCGUUUGGAGGAGGCAGUGUCUUUUGGUCGGAAGACCGGCAUGCCCGUUGGAGCGGAUAGCACGGGUUGGGGCAGUAACGACAGUGGCAAAAUUCUUCGCAAGGAUAGGAGCGACUCGGCUGGUAGGGUCUCGCCUGUGUCGUACGAGUUUGGUCUCUGGAAAGCCAACUGCGCUAGUGACGCUUCGCCUGCCAGCAGGCGAAGGGCCGCAUCUCUUCAAGCAAGCCUAGAUGGGGAGAGAGGGGAGGAGCAUGGCGGUAUCGAACACAACUCGGGAGAACGCAGCAGUCACGACCCCGUGGAUCCGCUCGGAGGGGCCCAUAAUGAGCUCACGUCGUCCCCGCACGCGCUUGGCGUCGAAGUGAAGAGGAGUCACGGUGGAGAAGAUGCCAUGAAUGUGUCCCUGGUUGGAGAAGCGUCUGAAGAAGAAGAGCCAGAUAAGGAAGGAGGCAAUGUGGGAGAUGGCAAUAGUGCGACCAUACGCUCAAUGCGGGGUAUCAUGGGUGAGCAAGCCUCGAUGAACGAGGCGACUUGGCGGGGAAUGGAGCGGUGCAGAGAUCCGACCAGGCUGGCACCGUACAAGGAGGAUAAGGAGGAUCGUCCUCGGGUAGAAAUGAUGGACAAAGAGAUCAACGAUAGGCCAAGGGGUCUGGUUAAAAAUCGGACUGAAACGAAUGCAAGCUUCCGGAAGAGAUUGCACAACAAUGCGUCUGAAGAUGUGGCAAGAGGGGAUUGGGAAGAUUUGGAGGAGGCUGUGGAUCAUGCCACAGUACAAAACAACCAAGACAAAUACAUCGACAACGAGCAGCAGCGAAAAGUGCGCCUGCAGCAUCAUAGGCAGCGCAUGCUGGUCGCCACGACUUCCAUGGAUGCCACGGAGAAAGGGUUGUCUGGGGAUAAAGAAUGGAAGGACGCACCGGCCAGCGAGCGGAUCGACUGGCGAAAAGGCGCACAGAUAGGCAAGGGAACAUUUGGUAAUGUCUUCGUAGGCCUGAAUGCCAGCACUGGCGAACGCUUUGCGGUUAAGCAGAUUGGGCUCGUGGAUGGGUCCCGGGCGGAAGUGGCGCGGCUCGAGAGGGAGAUCCUUCUUAUGAAACGACUGCGACACAAGCAUAUCGUCCAAUAUUUAGGUACAGCCCGCGACACGCACGCCCUCUUUAUCUUCAUGGAAUAUGUGCCUGGUGGGAGUAUUGCGUCGAUGUUGGGGCAGUACGGCGCUUUUGGAGAAGCCCUAACUCGACGCCUCGUGGCUCAGAUUGUGUCCGGGAUCGCAUACCUGCACUCGAUGGGUAUUAUCCACCGCGAUGUAAAAGGGGCCAACGUACUAGUGACCAAUAAUGGCAUCGCAAAACUGGCAGACUUCGGCUGCUCUCGACAACUGCAAGACCUUCAAACGGCCGCCUCGGUAUCGUUGGAGAACUCCUUGAAGAACAUCACGGGCUCGGUUCCCUGGAUGGCUCCAGAGGUGAUCAAACAAUCAGGCCGUUUACCCAAAGCCGCAGAUGUCUGGUCAUUGGGAGCGACUAUCAUCGAGAUGGCCACGGCUGCCCAUCCAUGGCCGGAAUUUUCCAACCAGCUCGCAGCCCUUUUCCACGUCGCGACUUCAACGCAGCCGCCAUCUCUUCCGAGCAGCAUGAGCAAUGUAGGUAAGGACUUUCUAACACGGUGCCUAGCCAUCGACGAAAAGCAGCGGGCUACGGCGGAAGAGCUGCUACAGCAUCCAUUUAUUGCACAAGAAGUUGCAAUGGAAAAUGGAAACGAUCGCAUUGGAGGUGAGGAAGCCACAGCGUCAUCGUUCCCUUUGCGCCCUGGAAAGCGUAACCACGGCGGACAAAGCGAGGGGAAGCUAGGCAAAGAUGGACGCGAGCCUUCUUUCCUACCCUGAGACACGUGCGACCAAUGCAUGCACGUGUCAAAAUGAUCAUAUGUGGAAUUUGAGAGUGAGCUAGACAGAUGUCCUUGUUAGAUCAAAAUGUUUCUUUGUGUACGAGAUGUCUUAAACCUGUUUGCACGGAAAGUGCCGUUUUCCUUCGAGGGGACCUCAAAUGGUUCACGAAAAAUGUGCGUGUCGAUGUAAUUGUGAGUACAGGUAUGCGUCGUGUGUUGUCUAAAGCGAGUUGGGAAUAAGCCAUGGGAGGUCGUCAUGUCAUGAGGGUGUGUGUUGAGAAAGUUGAUGUCAAUGUACGGGAACAUGAAGUAGUUCAGGACACCAGCACGUGUGCGUUUAAUGUGGAUGUAUCUUUAGAAAGUCAGCCGUCAAAUAAUAAGGACUGUACAGGGCUAAUGACAAUUGAAGUGAAAAAGGCAGCCUAAGACAAGGAGUCAGAGUUUUGACACGCAAUCCGUACCCGGCGAAUGAAAGUAAUACGCCCUGGAAAUCAUUUUUUGCCAGCAUGAAGUAGAAGAUGUGGGAUAACAGCCAGCAAGAGAUGUGGGAUGAGUAAGCCAGGAAGAAAAGCAAACAGAAGAAGAACCCGCUUUCAUCCGAA